AUGUCACUAAUUCCAAAUUCCUGGCGUUGGCAACAAUUAAAAUUAGCAAUAACAUGUUUUUUAUGUUUAAUACCCAUUAUAUUUUUCUUUUUAUUUAAUUUUUAUUUAUCAUUAAUAUUCAUUAUUCUUUGGUCUAUAUUUAUUAUAAAAAAUGCUUAUUUUCUUCCAAGUAAUCUGAGUAUAUUAUAUGCAAGAUUUUUCUUUGAGUACUUAUUUGAAACACCUCAAUUAUUAUCUCAACUUCGACCACUUGGUUUGGAUUUAUUUAAUACUCAAUUAAAUAAUUAUUCAGUUGCAUACAAAGAAUAUGAAAAUAAAUAUAUGAAAACACAAUUACAUUAUCUUCAAUCAUUUAAAAAUAAAAAAAUGUCAGUUAAUGAAAGAGAAUCGUAUGAAGUUAUGGAAUAUUUUAUGAACAUAAAUGCAAAAAGAGAAAACAGUAACGAGUUUUCUUAUCAUGGUUAUUUAAUAAAUCAAAAGAUGGGUGCUCAAUUAGAAAUAAUAUCAACUAUUACAAAAUUUCAUCGAAUAUUAAAACUAAAUGAUGCUGAAGCUUAUCUUAUUCGUGUACAAAGAAUAUCUAAUGCAUUUGAUCAAUUUAUUGAACAACAAAUAGAACGGCGCCGUAGAAAUAUUCAAACACCACGAUUUAUUCUUCAAAAAGCUAUUACUGGACUUGAAGCAUUUCGUGAACAAUUGAAAAAUGAACCAGAUCAAAGUCCUUUGGUUAUUGCUUUUAUUAAUAAACUCAAUGACAAGAUUUGCUCAAAAGAAAAACAAAAUGAUUUAAUAAAUCGUUUAUUGCAAAUUCUUAAAAUAAAUGUUAGUCCAGCUUACGAUCGUUUAUUAAAUAUUCUUUAUGAAGAUUUAUCAAAUGCAAAAACAGAACAUGGUGUUUGGAAAUUACCUAAUGGAGAUAAAUAUUAUCAAUUAUGUUUAGAAUAUCAUACAACAACAACUAUGAGUGCAGAAAAUAUUCAUGAACUAGGAAAAAAACAUGUUGAAAGAAUUCAAAAUGAAAUGAGAAACAUUUUAAAAGAAAAACAAAUUGAAACUUGGCAUGAUUUUCGAACAAGUAUUAUUAGUUUUGAACAUAAUAUUGAUCAAAAAUAUGAAAAUAUUGAAGAAAAUCGAACAAAAAUUAUGGAUGAUUAUACUAAAAUAAUUGAAAAUAUUGAUAAUGAAAUGCAUAAAUAUUUUUCAUCUGCAUGUCGUCCAGCAAAAAAAUGUGUAGUUGAACGUGUACCACAAAUUAAAGAAGCCUCAUCACCACUUGCUUAUUAUUAUCCAGAAUCGCUUGAUGGUAAAACACCAGGAACAUUUUAUGUAAAUCUUCGUAAUAUUGAUGAAAUUAUUAAGUUUAAAAUGAAUACAAUAGCUUAUCAUGAAGCUGUUCCAGGUCAUCAUUUUCAAAUGAGUAUUGCUCAAUCACUUAAACAUUUACCGGUCUUUCGUCGUGAGAUUCCAUUUACUGCUUAUGCGGAAGGAUGGGCAUUAUAUACAGAACAAUUAGCAGCAGAAGAAGGUUUUCAUCAAUCAUGGUAUAGUUAUCUUGGAUAUCUUGAUUAUCAACUUUUACGAUCUUGCCGACUUGUUGUUGAUACUGGUAUUCAUUGGAAAAGAUGGUCUCGUGAACAAACUAUUGAUUAUAUGACGGAAAAUACGUGUAUGAACAAGGAAGAUAUUAUUACAGAAGUUGAACGAUAUUUUAUAAAUCCUGGACAAGCUUGUUCUUAUAUGAUUGGUUGUCAAACAAUUUUAUCAUUACGAGAAAAAGCACAAUUAGCCCUUGGUGAUAAAUUUGACUUGAAGAAAUUUCAUGAUGCGGUUUUGCUACAUGGUUCAUUACCGUUAAAUGUACUCGAAAAUAUAAUCGAUGAGUACAUUAAAGAACAACGCAAAGAUAUGUGA